UUCAAAAAGCAUCUCCAUCCACUCUGUUUAAUUGUUAAAGAGAAAGACAGAAACACUCUUGGAAUCAAUGGCGACUUCGAGCUCCACAGUUCAGCAUGACGUAUUUAUCGCUUUCAGCUCAAGGGACACACGGUACUCUUUCGUCAGCCACCUCUCGGCCGCUUUCCGGCGAAGUAAGAUCAGUUUCUUCGUAGGCGAUGCUCAGGAGGAGGCGGAGGCGGUGGCAGUGACGGAGGCUGCAAUAGAAGGCUCUAAGGUUUUCGUGGUUGUCUUUUCCGAGAACUACGCGUUUUCCAGGCUCAGCUUAGACACGCUCGUGAAGAUUAUGGAGCGUAAACACAACGACGACGUGCCGGUGGUUCCAAUCUUCUACGGUGACGUCACUUCAACAGUUGUCAAGUGCCAGACGAAACGAUUCGGAGAAGCAUUCUCCGAACACCGAAGUUUGUAUUCCGACCAGAUAACUAAAUGGCAAAACUGUCUGAUUGAAACGGCGAGCUUAUCUGGUCAUGAAUCAAUUUGUCAACCAGUUGAGUCGGAGUUAGUAAAAGAGAUUGUCGCGGAUGUGCGUGAGAAGCUGAUUCCCACGGGUUUGGUAGGGUUCUACUCGAGGUUUGUCGAGAUAGAAAACUUGCUAUGGAAGCAAUCUAAAGGCUAUUGCCGUUUAGGGAUCUGGGGAAUGCCUGGCAUAGGCAAAACAACCAUUGCUCAAGCAGCCUUUGACCUAUUGAGUCCAGACUUUGAAGUUCCUUGCUUUCUCAAAGACUUCCACGCAUCAUUUCACGAGAAAGGGUCUUACAAAAUGCGAGAAGACCACAGGUACAAGGUUCCCAAGGGUCAAAAGGAGAGAGUUCUUGUUGUUCUUGAUGAUGUUCGCAAUCCAAUGGACGCCGAAGCUUUUCUUGGAGGAUUUGACUGUUUCGGUCCAGGAAGUGUGGUGAUCAUUACAUCCCGAGAUAAACAAGUUCUUUCCCAGUGUCAAGUCGAGGAUAUAUACACGGUUCCAGGUUUGAACGAGAGAGAGGCUCUACAGCUCUUCAUCAGGUCCGCCUUCCGAGGAAGACAGCCAAGUGAAAUUAAUCUUGUGGAUCUGUCUAAGAAGGUUAUUGAGGAUGCUAAUGGGAAUCCUAAAGCUCUCUGUCUCUAUGGAACGGAGCUGAAAAAGAAGAGAAAAGAUCAAAUGGAAGAAGCUUUUCAGAAGAUCAAAGGAUGUCCACACGUGGAGAUUAUGGAUUUGUUCAAAAGCAGCUACGAUGCACUCAGUGAAACCGAGAGAAAUAUAUUCCUGGACAUUGCUUGUUUCUUUAAAGGAGAACCACGCGACCACGUCAUGCGAAUACUUGAAGGGUGUGCUUUCUUUCCACACGUUGGAGUUAACCGUCUCGCCGAGCUGUCUUUAUUGACGAUAUCAGAAACAGAAAGAGUGGAGAUGCACAGUUUGGUUCAAGAAGUUGGCCGCGAAAUCGCCAACCGCGAAACAAAACUGAUUUCAAGGCGCCGUAGGCUCUGGGAACCUUCAAGCAUCAUCAAUUUAUUACUAGAAGACAAAGAAUCCAAGGGAAACGUUAUAGAAGGGAUUUUUCUUGACACAACAAACUUGAACGUUGUUGUUAAUCCUAUGGCGUUUGAGAAUAUGUAUAUUCUGAGGCUGUUGAAGAUUUAUAGUUCAAGCCCUGAAGCUGUUCAAGAACUUCAUUUGCCUAACAAACUUCACUAUCUCCCUUAUGAGCUCAGGUUACUUCACUGGGAAAAGUAUCCGUUGAAAUCCUUGCCUCAGGAGUUUGAUCCUAGCCAUCUUGUUGAACUUAAUAUGCCUUAUAGUCGGCUUAAGAAUCUCUGGGGAGGAACCAAGAGUCUAGGGAAGUUGAAAGUAAUAAUUCUUAGCCACUCUCAGCAACUAGUUGAAGUUGAUGAACUCUCGGAAGCUUGUGGUCUUGAGAAAAUCGAUCUUCAAGGUUGCAGUAGCUUGAAGAGCAUCCCACACACUGAUCAACUAAAGAAUCUUCAACUUCUGAACAUCUCUGGUUGUACAAGAAUCAAACGUACAGAGGUUGAAAAGAAGAUAAAGGGAUUGGAUCAAGAAGGCGGCUUAAAAGAAACCAAAUCUGAAUCAAUGAUGUUCUCCACUUUAGCAGUAAAGCUUGAACCCGGGGAUAACACAGAGACUUAUUGAGUAAUUAGAAAAAGAAAUCUACUAUGUUGAAGAAGACCCUUGAGCUGUUCAAAACA